AUGGAAAAAUCAGACAAUCCAUAUAGAAUCCUCGGCUUGACUGAGGAUGCCGAUGAGGCUACUAUCAAGAAGGCAUACUUCAAACUUGCCAGGAAGUGCCACCCAGAUAAGCAAACUUGUGAUGCGGAUCAUCGUCAAGCUGCGACCGAGGAGUUUGCCAAGAUUGCUGAUGCAUACGACUUGCUACAGGAUCCCGUCAGACGCUAUGACUGGAGACAAGCUAACCAAGGUGGAACUCGUACAUCAUCACCUUCAGCUGGAAGGAAACAGCGACCAGUGCGAUCUUUGUCGUCAGGUCGCAAGGGUUCGGGUCCAAAAAGAGCCAGCAGCUUGAAUCAGUUUUCAAGUCCAUCAAUACCACUUGCGAAGAAAGCAUCUGUGCAAGCAAACAGCGUGAGAGUCUCACCAGUUUCAGUCACGCAAUCUUCCAUAAGGGUUCCAACCGUCAGAUCAACCACAUCCCCCGUAUCACAAGGACGUAAUUCUGGUGGAAGAUCUCCAGUUCGCAAUUCUGGUAGAUCACCACCGACAAGAGCAUCAACCAUAGUGCCUGGUAGAAAUGCCGCCCGAAAACCACUUCUCGACAACGAUUCUAGAGGCAGGGCCCCAGUAGGCCGCAUGUCGACCUGCACUGCCAACAACACGCAAUCCAUGAAUAGAGCUUCUCCAGCGCCAGGCAGAAAAAAGACUCGAACAAGCAGCGUUGGGCGCAAGCCCAGCAAACAACCAAAGAACAACUUGGACACUCGCUCAGAGCACGGUCCACGCAAACCGGUUGGUGAAAGGCGGCGGAGACUGAAGAAGACAGGUAGUUACCGCUCUGUGGACACUACUGGAGCAUCCACUUUUGAUUCAGCUCGCAGCAGGAAACAAUAG